AUAAAUUUGAAUCACAAUUCACAAAUCUUUCCCUCCUUUUCUCUCCCCCUUCUCACUAGUCCUCCAUUUCUCUCUCCUCACUGAAGCAAAAACAAUGGCGCCCCAAAUCCCUAAACCUCCGCGAAAACUCCACCAGCGUCCCAAUAAGCCUCAACCGAUUCAACAAUCUAAGACGCAGCAGCAACCGCAAAACCCUAGCAUCGAGCGUGACUGGUCAAUGGCCGAUUUCGAAAUCGGAAAACCAUUGGGAAAAGGAAAAUUCGGCAGGGUUUACCUCGCUCGCGAAGUCAAGAGUAAGUAUAUAGUGGCGUUGAAGGUGAUAUUCAAGGAGCAGAUAGAAAAGUAUAAGCUGCAUCAUCAACUGAGGAGAGAGAUGGAGAUUCAGAUGAGUUUACGCCAUCCGAAUGUUUUGAGGCUUUAUGGGUGGUUUCAUGAUGAGGAUAGGAUAAUCUUGAUCCUUGAGUAUGCGUUUAGGGGUGAACUUUAUAAGGAACUCCGUACAUUAGGUCAUCUUCCUGAGCAGCAGGCUGCCACGUACAUUGCAAGUCUGACAGAAGCGUUGGCCUAUUGUCACGACAAGAAUGUCAUCCACAGGGACAUCAAACCGGAAAAUUUGUUGCUUGAUCAUGAGGGUCGUCUGAAGAUUGCAGAUUUUGGGUGGUCGGUACAGUCGAGAAACAAGAGACACACCAUGUGUGGAACUCUUGACUAUUUGGCACCAGAAAUGGUGGAAAACAAAGCCCAUGAUUACGCUGUUGACAACUGGACUUUGGGUGUCCUUUGUUAUGAAUUCUUGUAUGGAGUACCUCCAUUUGAGGCUGAGAGCCAACGCGAUACUUUCAGAAGGAUUAUGAAGGUUGAUUUGAACUUCCCAGACGCACCUCAAGUUUCAACAGAUGCCAAGGAUCUAAUUAUCCGACUUCUGGUGAAAGACACCUCGAAGAGGCUCUCUCUUCAGAAGAUACUGGAGCACCCUUGGAUCCUAAAGAAUGCAGACCCCACUCGAAUUUUCCGAUGCUAAAAAAAUGCACUGUUGGGAAAAGGAGACAAAGAAAAGGAAAGGAGGGACAUGAAUAUGCAAAGGUUAAUACCAUUGGUGAGAAGCUGCAUGCAGAGAGGUAGCUCACGCUUGAAAGCAUCAAUCUUGAGCCGUUCUUCCUCGAGGCGAUUGAGGUAUUCUUCUAGCUUAUGGGUUGCCUGGCUGUCUGUUGGGUUAUUGUGAUCGCCGACGAAUGAUUUGAGUAGCAUAGAGUAGCUUUGAGGUUUGCACUCCAGGCUUAGUUCUGAUGGAGAUGCCAUCAUUUCACUUAUGAAUUAUGAUGACUAUUAUAACAAAAAUAUAUUAUUUAGUAUAUAUUUUAUAUGGUUUUCUUCCUCUUUAAA